ACUCCCUAUUGCAUAUGGCCGCAAAUAGAUAGAGUAACACGGUUAUAUGGGGUUCGAUGUCAACAAAUGUCGUUGUUGAUUUUCUGAAUUAAUUUACAAUCAUAACUGGUUUAUACUUAGUUUGUAUUAUGUGUACACCUUAGUAUUUAUGUCUGUUUAUGAAAAGGAUAUCUAAAUUUACAUAUUUGACAGAAAUGUCAGGAUAUCGAAGGGUGAAUUAUUACGAGUUAUGCAGAUUGUGCACUAAUAGCGAAGGCAAUAAAAUGAACAUUUUUCGUGACGAAGGGCGCAGAAGACAACUGCAGACAAAAAUUCACAUGUAUUUACAUGUUCAAGUGAUGGAGGAGGAUUCAUUGCCAAAAAUUGUGUGUCAUGAUUGUGUUAGAAAAUUGGAAAACUUUGCAGAGUUUCGUCAGUCUGUUGUCAAUGCUGAAGGAAUGUUGGAAUCAUAUUUUACAUCAAUGAAUUUUAGUGAAGAAUGUUUAAAAGAAGGCAAGGUUUAUGUAAAAAGUACUGAAAAAGAGAAAACUCCCACACCAGAGGAACCUGCAAUAGAAGAUGAUCCAUUAAAAGUCAUUGAAAAAGUACCAGCUAUUGCCAACAAUCAAUUUAUUGCUUCUCCGGAGCAACAAAAUUCACAUCAGCAACCAGUUCUUGUCAGCAAUAUAAAUGCUGCUAAUAUACAAAUCAUUAGCGGUGUUCAGGCAAGAGUUCAACAAUACAAAUGUGCUAUGCAGAUGCAAUCCGGAGGAGGUGUAGCAGCAGCUGUUGUUGAGGCAACAGCAGAAACUCAUUACAGUUAUCAGCAGCAAACUUCCCAGCAAGUUUCAUCGCAUCAACAACAAAAUCAAAGUCAAAAUCAAAUCACUGAACAAAACCAAUCUCAGCCUUCCCAAAUACACCAAAUUCAAAAUCAGAUUCAAAAUCAAAAUCAAAUAUCCCAACAAGUGCAAUCGUUUAGACAAAUUUCACAACAGACAACAAAUCAAUCGAAUGAAAUCAGUCAACACGUCCAUCAAGGUCAACUUUCGCAACAAAUUCAACUUUUACAAAAACAACAACGCGAUUUGCAACAAAGGCACGUUCAACAAAUCGAAAAACAACAACAGCAACAACAGUCUCAGAACAAUAAUAUUAUUUUAAAGUCCGAAGAAGAAACUGAACAAACACAACAAGUGAUUCAAAAAGUCCAAUCGGCGGAGUUAUCGCAAAAGAAUGAAAUUAAUCCAAAUUUUCCAACAGUUCAAGCAUCGCCGGAAGUAUUUUUAAGCUUGGGAUUUAAAGACGGUUCUCUUACAACGACCCGUGAUGAAAACAAAGAGUUUAAGGACUAUUCAAAGUCAUCAGUUGAAGAUGGAAGAAAUUCAAUGAUUUCGGAAUUUUUAAGGUUGAGGCCAGUUAGUGAUGCGCCAUCUCUAAUUACCGUCAAUCCGCAAGCGGUUUCACAACACACAAGGGAUAUGAUUUGUCGCGAUUGUGGCAAAACUUUUGCCACUUUAAGCAUGCUGGAAACUCACAGUUGCAGUCCGUCAGUUAUAAAUGAAGGCACAGAAAUGGCUUCAAAAGAAGAAGUGGUUCACGUGAAUGCAAAUGGUGGUAGUGCCUUUAAUUGUGAUGUUUGUGGAAAGCCAUUCAAGAGGAAAGAACAUCUAUUUCAACAUCGAAAAUUGCACAGUGGUGAGAGGCCUUACGUGUGCACUACCUGCUUGAAAGCAUUCAGUCGUAAGGAACAUUUAGUGAGGCAUCUAGUAUCUCAUACUGGUCAAAAAAUGCACGAAUGUGAAUUGUGCGGUAAGAGUUUUUCACGUAAAGAUAAUCUCCAUAAACAUAGAAAAACACACGGAGUCUCAGGUCCUUAUAUUUGCGAAACUUGUGGUAAAUCAUUUGUUGUUAAACAUUAUUAUUUAAUGCAUUUGACAACACAUGCGUCAAGUGCAGUAAUUGAUAAUAUAAAUGGUGGAUGUACAGAUCCAUUGCCAUAUAAAUGUGACAUGUGUCAUAAAGCAUUUUCAGUUAAACAAUAUCUUGCUUCGCAUAAAAUGCGUCAUCGCUCUAAAAAUACGAGUAAUGGUCAAAAUUCUUCCGUCAGUGGACAACAGUCAAAUGGAAAUAGUGAGAUAAUAACAACAACAACAACUGAAAUUACUUCAGAAAAUAAUACAAAUUUAAAUCAAACAACCAAUGAUUCUGUUCCAAUUCAAAGUGUCAUUGAAAGAAAUGAACAACAACAAAAUGGUUCAUUUGAAAAUAAUCAUUAUCAGGAAAAUAUCACACAGUUCCAAUGAGAUAAGGGGAAGCGUGUCUAUUAUGUUCUUUUGCCAAACGGCAACAAUCAUAAAAUCGUUGUUGUUUAAAGCAAUUGGUUUUCCCGGGGGACACGCUUCUCUAAAUCCAACUCAAUUAAUUGAGUUCAAAGAUAGUCUGAAAUUUAUGAAAUUUCCUUAUUUGGAAAUCUAAUCUUAAGUCGUUAGCUCAAAAGCCUAAUCAGAUGUAUAUAUUUUGACCAAAAAUCUAUUCUGUUAAUCUUUAAUCAAAUUCCUCUAUAAAUCUCAAAGUAACUUCAAUUAUUUUUUUAAUUUCCGAUGUUAAUAUCGGGAAUUUCAUGCAAAUUAAAUUUUUGGAUUAUGUAUUUGUGACGCGCUCUGAAAAAAGGGACAUUAGAAGCAAAAAAUUAUAUAUUAUAUUUUAAAAUUUCAAAGAGGAACAAUUUUCAAUAAAAAUUAUUGAUAUAUCUCUUUAUUACAUCUAAAAAAUAAAAACUAAUUUUUAUUUUAUAUAAAUAAAAAGAAACUUUUAAUCAAAGUAAAAUUAUCGUAAACAUAAUCUUUAUUACAUCUAAAAAAUAAAAACUGAUUUUUAUUUUAUAUAAAUAAAAAAAAAAAAUUUAAACAAAGUAAAAUUAUCGUAAACAUAAUCUAAUUCAUUUGCUUCUAUGGUCCCUUUCUUCAAAGUGCGUCACAUUUAAUAUGAAAUUUUCAGAUAAAUCAGUUAGGAAUUUACUGAUAUUUUUAUUUAAUUCUAAAAGGCGAGAAUAUCGAUUAAUCCGAGGCAAUUCAUUUUUUUGAAAAUCGUUCAAAUCAGUUUCAAUAAUUGAAAUCAAAGAUCAGUUUUGGAUAAAUAGUCAUUUUUAUAAAUCAAAAACUAUCAAAAUUAAAUAUUGAAAUUUUCACAUUUCAUAAAAAAAUAAUUGAUAAGUUAUUAACCAAAUCAUUAAAAAAACUUUAUCCAUUUAAUUCAAUCAAUUUUAGUUUCAUUACGUGAUAUUUUGUGAAAAAAAAUGUAUAUAUUGUAUACACAUACAUAUUUUAUAUAAUAUGUAAAAUAUAUAUUACAUUUCAUGGCUAUUAAUACUUAGAAAAUUUUGAAUAAGUUUUGAAAAAUUCUUUUGGAUUAUUACAUCUUUUUUGUAUAUUUUUCAAAUUUUCAAAAUAACAAAUGCCUAUAUAUUGAAAGUGAAAAAAACCAAAAUUAGAAAUCAGCCUAGUUUUUUUUUGUAGUUUGCUUAUUUUAUUAUAUUUCAAAAGUGAAAUUGAUUUAUAAAAUAAAAAAUUAUCUGAGAAAAAUAAGUUUAAUUUAGUUUUAAAAAAAAGGAUAAAAUUUACUUCGUCAUUUAAAGUAAUAUGGACUGACUUUUUGUUUCUUACUUUUGUACAUAGUUUUGAAAAAGAAACAAUUUUAUUUUGUUUAAUAUGCCAAAUUUUUUUCUUUACUUCUUGUCGAAUUAAAUAAUUAUAUAAACAAAAUUAUUGAAUGUAUUUUCAUAAAAUUAUUAAAGAUUUUUGAAUUUAAUGCAUGAGCUUUGAAAAAAUCAUUCUUUGCUAGAUUUAAAAAAAAAUUAUACUAUUUUUAAACUUAUAUUUAAAGUUUGAUAGAAAAUUAAGAGAUAAAAAAAAAUUAUUAAUUUUAAGGAUAUUAUUUUUUUAAUACAAUUCUUCUGCAGUAUGAAGAGUGUCUUGAAGCUCUUUUUUAUGGUAUAAAGAAAAGAGUUGGAUAUUGUAAAAACAUGAAAAAUAUUUACUGAAAAUUAAUUAUUUACUAUAUAUAUUAUUAUUAUUUAUCUACAUUAUUUAUUAAAAUAUAAAAAAUAUAUUUAAAAGAGAUAAAAACUCAAAACAAGAAACAACAAAAUUUGUUGCAAGUAUUUUAAUUAGAUCUGUCACUAAAAUUUUUGUAGAAUACUACUGGUUUAAAAAAAAAGUUGUAACGUAGUUUUUAUUAAUCGUUGAAUGAUUAAUAAAAAAGAUCUCUUUACGUGUGAUAAAUUAUGACGCUUGAUUUUAAAAAUUUAAAUACUUUAUGCAAAGUAACAUACCAUGUCACAAUAACACAGUAAAAAAAAUAAUAUAAAGAAAAGUAAAAACAAAAAUUGAAAAAUCUUGUGAAAUAUCAUUCAUGAUCAUUUUUAAUGUUCAAAGAAAUAUUAUCAAUGUUUAAACAAAUUUUCAAUUGUCACUGUAAAUUUAAUUUGUAUCUAAAGUAUCAAUAAUCUAAUAUUUGGAAUAUUCUUCGAAUUUUAGUUUUUUUUCAGUAAAUAAUAAAGACACAGAGAUGUAUGUUUUGCUAAUCAAGAAUCUCAAAUUCAAAAUACUAUAUUUUUAUUGUUCAUAAAUUACUACAUUACAUUUUUUCAAUUUGUAUUUGUGAUUUAACUCACGAACUGCAAAAAUUAAAUCAAAAAUCGAGUUAAGUUAAUUUAAUAAUUCAAAAAAUUUUUUUUUUACUCAAUUAUCUAUAUUCAUAGUUACUUGGUGUACCGAGUAAUUUAUAACAGUUGUACAUAACUAAUGUAAAAUUACAUUCCGAUAGCCUAACUUUUAAAACAAAUUUAUAAAACAUUUAAUUUUAAAGGUAAAUAGUUUUUUAAAUCAAAUAGUUGCAAAACAAUACAUAUGUGCCAAACAAACAAAAUAAAUAAAUAAAUAAAUAAAUAUGAACAUAGAGUAAUUUAAACUUUACUUUCUUUUUUUGUUUACAAAACAUUAAUAAUUUAGUUAUUGAAUUUUAUGAAAUUUUUUUAUUCACAUUGCCAUACUGUAAUUUAAUUUUACACAUUAAGAAUAAAUUUAAAAGAAAAAUUGUGAUAGUUUCCGAAAACUCUAAAAUACACGUAAUUGAGAUUAGUUAUUAUAAAAUGUUCCAUUUAAGUAUGAAUUAUUGUCUAAUGUAAAAGCCUCUGUUGAUAAACAGAAGAAAUAUUUAAUAAUUUUUGUGAAUGUUCGGAUUGGGCUGUAUUAUUCUAUAUUAUAAAAAUGUAAUUUAAUUUUCAAGUGAACCAUUAGUCAAAAAGGCAAAUAAAUCAAGAAUUUAUUAAAAAUUGCCUUGAUUUAAAGAAAAUUUUGUUGUAUUGUAUAAUUUUGCUUUAAUUUUUCUAAUGCUGGCACGUUGAAUUUACAGAAUGUAAUCAAUGUCAAUAAUGUUGAGAAUUGUGUUGCGUAAAUAUGUAUUACUCGACUAAUUAGAAGUGUAUAGUAAUUAUCUAUAACUAGUAUUUAAGUUACUGAUUUAAGGCCAAAGAUUAUAUUAUGUAUAAACAUUUAAGACUACAGCUAAAAAAAUAGACAAAUAGAUUUAAGCUAAAUAAUAAUUAUUGCACGUUCACUUCCGACGGAUUAUUGUAAUAUCAAAAAAAAGCGUUCUUUUAUUAUUAUAUUUAACCAUUAGUGCAUUUCUAAUUAGCAUAAUUAAAAUAAAUCGAUUCACAGUCUAAGUCUACGUUAUGACUAAAUUUUAUCAGCAAUAGACUGUAACUAAUUUUUUUGCGAAAUUGCACAAUAAUGUAUUUAUGUACUACAAUACCUUCAACUGGGCUAAUUCCGGAGACAUAAAACUUGCCUUUUAUUACUUAAUUUUUGUUAAAUUACAAAAAUGUAUGAAAUGAAAAUAUAAAAUAUUCCCUACAGUAUUUUUUUUUUCCAACAAAUUUUAAGUGUCCGUAUUUAGCCUAAUUGUCCGAGAUUACUCAAGUUGAUGGUACUAUAAUAUUAUUAAUUCUUAGAAAAAGAGAGCUAUACUUGUGCUGCAAUAACUAUCUGUAGAGUUUUUAUCGAACGUUUAAUUCAUAAACGCAUAUUAGAGUAUGGCAUGAGUUUAUUUUAUUAUUACAAUAAACUACUGUGUGAAUAGUA